AUGGUUGAAUUCCUAGUGGUAGACUGCCUAACCACAUACAAUGUCAUUCUCGGAAGACCGAUCUUGGAUGACUUGAGCGCAGUCACAUCAAUACGCUACCAGGCAAUGAGGUUUUUGACUCCUGGGGGAGUCGCGACGAUCAGAAGCUGUCGAAAGGAAUCUCAGGAAUGUUACAACCAGGCUAUAAAUGUUACACAUAAAUGGUCGCUCUCAAGAACAAUGGUUAAAGCAGAAUCUAAGCCAAACCCCAAGCCUCUUGAGGAUACCAUUGAUCCUCGCAUCUAUGGAGAGGAGCCCACAGUAGGGCCAAUGGAAGAGCUGCGAGAGAUAUGUGUCAGUGAGGAAGAUUCAACUCACGUACUAAAAGUCGACAACAGCCUGAGCAAAGACUUGGCUAACAACUUGGUGGGGUUUUUGAGGAAAAACCUCGAUGUUUUCGCAUGGGUGCAUGUAGAUAUGAUAGGGAUCAACCUUAAGGUAAUGUGUCACAAACUGAACAUCGACCCGAAAGCCCGGUUGAUAAGACAAAAAAGAAGGUUAAUGGAUGCAAAGCGUUCCAAUGCGCUCAAGGAUGAAGUUGACAAGCUCCUGAACAUCAAUUUCAUUAGGGUAAUGAAGUAUCCAGAUUGGCUUGCUAACCCAAUCCUAGUCAAGAAGCCAAAUGACAAGUGGCGAACUUGCGUCGACUUUAUAGAUCUGAAUAAAACAUGUCUAAAAGACGGUUUUUCGCUUCCAAGGAUUGACCAGCUAGUACAUGCAAUAGUCUAA